AUGAGUUCACUGAAAGAAAAGGUUCAAUUUGAUAAAAGAGCAGCCGAGGCUCUAAGCAUUAGAGCAAAGUAUCCAAAUAGAAUACCGGUAAUUUGCGAAAGAUCUUCAAGAAGUGAUCUUCCUGAAAUUGAAAAGAAAAAGUUUUUGGUCCCAAUGAACAUGCUGGUUGGCGAAUUUAAGUAUAUAAUUCACAAGCACAUUACCCAAUCUUCGAAUACUCAGAAUAGCGGUAUUAAAAUACCCGUACCAUAUGAGAAAACUAUAUAUUUAUUUGUGAACAAUACAAUACCCAAGGCCGGGUCAUUAAUGCAAGAAGUAUACGAACAAUACGUUUCAGAUGACGGGUUCCUAUAUGUAGAAUACAGCUCAGAGAAUGCAUUUGGUGGAUAUUCUUCCGUAGUCUAG